AUGAAAAGAUCCAUUUCCAGUAAGAAUGUGCCUGGAAAAGUGAUACUCAUCACUGGAGCAGCUUCAGGCAUUGGAGAGCAACUUGCUUAUGAGUAUGGUAGAAGAGAAGCAAUGUUGGUCCUUGUUGAUAUCAAUGAGGAAAAUUUGGUAACAGUUUGUGGUAAAGCUCUUUCUCUUGGCUCCCGGAUGCUAUUUCCAUUGUUGCAGAUAUUUCAAAGCCUGAAGACUGCUGUCAAUUUCUGGGGUACAGUUUUCAGCACACACCUUGCAGUUCCACACCCGCUAAAGACCAAAGGGAAAAUAGUAGUCAUUGCUUCAAUCUUUGGAUGGUACCCUUUUUCCAAGAUUAAACAUCUACAAUGCAAGCAAAAAGCUGCAUUGAUAAGCUUCUUUGAGACUCUGAGAGCAGAACUGGGUUCGAGUAUUGGCAUAACCAUUGUGACUCCUGGUGCGAUCAAGACGAAAGUGUCACAAGCAAUGGGUCUUUUGCAACUAGUUUCGGCAGAGUCAGUAGAAAGGUGUGCAAAGGCAAUAGUGAAGUGUGCUAGCGGAGGAGACAUGUAUUUGAUAGAACCUUCUUGGGACAGAGUUUUGUUUCCUCUUAAGGUUUUUCAACUGAGCUUGGGGACCCUGCCAACCGCUGGCUUUCUCGUUUGUAAACUCAGGCUUCACUCCCAUCUUCCCAGCUCAAGUCUGAAUAGGUCUAUGUUAAUUAUAUUCCAAGAAAUAAUAUGA